UGGAACAUCAUUCGACCUUCGCCACGAUCGGAAGCCACGCUCUUCUUCUGCACAGCUUUCUUGAUCCGGACUCGUUUCUGGGAGCUGACUCCCUGUCGGCGAUAUUUCGCCGUGGAAACCCACCCCGCUUCAUUGCCGCGGAAAAACAGCGAGUGAAAGUGAGGAGUAACGAGUUUGUUUGUGCAGCUGGCGAGUAUGAAAACGAUGUGGUCGUCUGCUUUAUCGGUGUCCAAUGAAUAGUGCUACACUGCCCGUUGGAUGAGUGAUUGUGUGUGGGACGAGCUUAAACCGUUGGAUGAUAGCUACAAGCACUAAGUUCACUGGAUUGAUCGUAACAGCGGACACACACUGUACUUGUUAGAGUGAAGCAAGGAAGAUUGACAUGUAAGGACUUAGCACGUCAGCUAUCACGUGAUGCAUUGAGACUGACACCGCGGGACGACUCCAACAGAAAGAAGUCAGUGAGUACAAGCAACGGCGAAGAUGCUUUCAGACCCAGUCCACAAGGAAUGUCACCAGCGUGAGAGAGAAUGCAAAAGGGUCCACUCAAUAUUUACACACUGGCAUGGAGCUGCUGCGUCGACGGCUAUAGUGGCAGCGACAGCGUGUUCUGCUUACGCCUCUGCCUUGGGUGCGGGGCUCGUAUAUGACGACAUCGCAGCCAUCACGAAAAACAGAGACAUUAGGCCCACCACUCCUAUCACAAAUUUGCUCCAUAACGACUUCUGGGGAACGCCACUCACCAAGGAGGAGAGCCACAAGUCGUAUCGUCCUCUGACUGUGCUGACAUAUCGUAUAAACUACGCUGUCCAUGGACUAGAACCAUUUGGAUACCACCUUGUAAACGUCCUCCUCCACUGUUUCGUCUGCAUAUUAUACCACAGGACGUGCCUGAGCCUUGUUCCUAGCUUUACCAGCUUCCUCGCUGCGCUGCUCUUCUCCGUCCAUCCCAUACACACGGAAGCGGUGGCAAGUGUCGUCGGUCGCGCCGAACUCCUGUGCGCGCUUUUCUUCCUAUGUGCCUUAUAUUUCUACAUCUACAGCGCACACGUUGCUUCUAUUCAGUGUGCGCUGUGGCGACAGUGCCUGACCACAGUGUCCCUCGCUGCUGCUGCCAUGUUGUGCAAGGAACAGGGCCUUACAGUACUAGCAGUUUGCUGUAUUUUCGACCUUAUUUCUCACAAGCAAUGUUUGUGGGGAGGACAGAAAUUUAUGAAACCACGGAAGAUUCCCAAAGAUUCCGUUUACCGUGUCUGUAUUUUGGGUGCCUCGGGAGUUCUUGUUCUGUGGUGGCGACUGCUUUGCAAUGGACCUCAUACUCCAGUCUUCAGCCAGUUAGAAAAUCCCGCGUCGGCGGCUGAGCCACCGUGGCGUCAAUUGACGAAUGCCCACCUGGCGGCUGUGAACGCCUGGCUUCUACUCUUCCCCAGCAGUCUCUGCUGCGAUUGGACAAUGGGAUCAGUGCCUCUUGUGACAUCACUAGUGGACGCUCGUAAUUUCGCCACUGUACUGACGUUUUGUAUCUUUGGGGCGGCCUUAAGAGCGGCACUUCGAGCAGAAGGUCUGUUCAGAGGACCAAUGGUUAUGGCACUGGCCAUGCUGGUGAUUCCCUACAUUCCGGCAUCCAAUCUCUUCUUUCCUGUGGGGUUCGUCAUAGCUGAAAGGAUACUCUACUUGCCGAGCAUGGGUUUCUGCCUCGUUGUUGCGUUGGGGUUCACGCGCCUUUGUCGUAAUCGGCAAUAUGAAGGCAUCUUGAAGAUAUGUCUCGUUACCCUGUUGGUAUCUCACGUAACGAAGACUUUCUUUCGAAACUACGACUGGUGGUCUGAAGAAUCUCUGUACAGCGCCGCUCUCCGCGUAAACGAUCGAAAUGCAAAGAUGUACAACAACAUGGGACAAGCCCUAGAGAAUCUCAGCAGGCAUCACGAAGCUUACGAACUCUACAAAAAGGCCAUUGAAAUACAACCUGACGAUAUCCGGGGACAUCUCAACCUUGGCCGACUGCUGAUUACCCUGGAGAGGUACACCGAUGCAGAAAAUGUCUUACAAAAGGCGCGGUACCUGCUUCCGAAGCAAACUUCCAACCGGACACAGGUACUGAGAGCAACAACAACUCAUCUUCAGGUGUUCCUCAGCAUAGCAUCGCUCAUUUCGAGGGAUGACAAUAGGCUUCAGCAAGCUGAUCAGCUUUACAAGCAAGUAAUUCAUCUCCGAUCGGAUUUCACGGAAGCAUACAUGAGUCGAGGAGAUUUUCUUCUUCGGACUAACAGGACUGUAGAAGCACAACACAUGUACGAAAUUGCCCUGAAACUGGACGACACAAACCCUGACCUCCUAUACAAUCUUGGUUUGGUGCAUAUGGAGCAAGGGCAUGCAGAAGAGGCAAUGAAGCUGUUCAAUCGAGCCCUCGCACUCAACCCAAGGCAUCAGCGCGCGCUGAUCAGUUCAGCAGCGCUGCUUCACCGGACGGGAAGAAGACCCGAAAAAAACACAGCGAUCGAGAGACUGGAGAAAGUGAUCCAAGACAACGACCACGAAGAUGGACACGCAUAUUUUCGCUUGGCCAUGAUGGCACUGGAGAACAACGACACGUCCACAGCCGAGAUGCUCUUUCGAAGAACAGUGGCGGCGCAUCCUGGACAGCGCAGUGCGCUCUUCAAUCUGGCCCUUCUCCUUUCGGAUCAGGAAAGACCAAUGGAGGCCAUGGGGUUUCUCAGAGAGUUACUCAAGUAUCAUCCAAACCACAUCGAAGGCCUCGUUCUCCUGGGAGACAUCAGUGUGCGUCACUUGAGGGAUCUGGAAGCUGCUGAAGAGUGCUACCUCAGAAUCCUGUCCCUGAACCCUCGGCACGUGCAAGGGUCGCACAAUCUAUGCGUUGUCUACGUGGAGCGUGGAGAACUGAGCCGUGCCGAACGUUGCUUUCUUCACGCCAUCACAUUGGACCCGAACGCCGACUACAUACGGCACCACCUUAAGGUCACGCAGAACCUCCUGCUGAACCGCACUGAAGACCCUACAUCCUUUCAUACCAGCACCCCAUCCAAAGCACACGACUUCUCUACAUCGUCGAAAAGUCGGUGACACACACUGCAUCAAGACCAGAGCAUUCUGUAUACACAUCCUGCGCUUCUCAUAGUGUUCAUAUGUACUAUGCACCAAGGACACACGGACUAAACAGCAAGAGCGUUGCAAGCGGCGUCCCAGAAAAAGGCUGGAAGCGCUUAGCGUGGAUGAGUGUUACAGCGUACACAUUACAUUACCGUCUGAAAAGCACAGGGAAAGUAAAUGCAACAGGGAGAUUUGGAAGCUCUUCUCAAGGCGUAGUAUGUGCCGGGCUGUAAAAUGGAUAGUUUUGAUAUCGGUGUACGAUACACUUGUAAACUAACUCCUGUAAUUGUACUCUGAAACACAAAAAAGGGAGAGAAAAAUACUUAUUUCUAUACAUAUCCACUACCUGUACGCGCAGAUUGUAAUAUAAGUAUAAUAAUACAUCAUGUGUUGAAACACACAUGAAGCGCCUAAUAUACAUAAACCUGGUUCGCUCCACACUGCGAAGUAUUUCCGCAAUUAUGAACCCAGUGAAGGUCAUGUGAUCUUAUCGUGCCCAGUUGCACUCAGCUUAAAAAGGAAGGAACAGGUAAGCCGAGUUUUACGAGUGUCCUGCAGACAGCGCGCAUCAUUAAUUUAGGUGGGGCGUUCCACGGCACUUGAAACCUUGCCUACGACUUCCGAGUGCCCCCCGCCUCACCUUAUCCUGACUCCGUCAGCCGGAUGAGUCGCGAUAGGUGCCGAAGUAGAUUGAAGUAAACUAGUCCGACUAACUCCAGCAAAAGGCAGAAAUGACAGGAGAUAUGAAAAGAUGGAGUCACUCGUAAAACACUGCCUUCUGGUUACUUUAUUGCUUCAUUCCGGAUUCCCUCUAAAAGUGAAAUACGGAAGCACUAAUGUGAGCUAGCCCUGUGGACAUCGAAGAAAGAGCCAGUUUCUUUUGCAUUGCAAUUUGCAUAUUCUUUAUAUUCUUGCAGAUGAUAAAUAGGACACCCUAGUUCGUCGCAACUGUAAAAUAUUUUGGAACAAACAGUGCAGACCGACGUGUUACGAAAUAAUGGCUUGUAUGUUCGUGCACCUUGGGCAAAACGAUUAUUUCAUUCUACAGAGUUCUACAGAUUCGUAUGAAGCAAGGAAUAAUGUAUUGUGCUUGGAUUAAUUCGUAUGACGCCAGGACUCAUGUUUUUGUGAAUUGAUUAAUUUGUGCGGUGUCUGUAACAUGCAUACAAGCAAGAUAAGGGUAUAUUCGGCGUUGCUUAUCGCUGUGGCGUUUGUCACCUGUUGUUGCGGCCUAUGUAAUAAAAAGAGGAGAGCUUAGGAACAACUGACUCUGUUGUGUUGCUAGCUGUCAAGUGUGCUCCGCGAUAUGGGUCUGCGUCGCUUAUGCCAGCCAGCAACUACAUGACAGUAUCUAAACUAAUAUUUGCAUCUCAAUUGUUUCAUUAGGCAUGCAGAUAAAAAAAAAAAGUUAGUUGUAUCAAAAUGAGCGGAAAACGUGGUGCACGCGGAUUCUAAGGAUGGGAACAUUUCAUAUUCUACAGGGUGUCUUUUUUUCCUUUUCUUUACGGUUUACGGCCGGUUAAAGACCGGCACGGUCUUUACGGUUUCACAAAUUGUUUAAUAUAAGGCUGUGAGAGCGGCAGGGAUGCCAUUUGUGAAGGUGGGUUAUGGUGCCGGGCGGACGUCCUGUGGGAAAACGUUGAUAACUACUGGACGACUUUUUUAGGUAAAAUUCAUUAGUUAACUUAUUAAUUAGGUGUUUUCUGGGAAAUGCGGGAUAGCACAACUGGGGCGAGUCAUUAUUCAAAGCCAUCGUCCCUGUUGAGCACCCUGAGAAGUGAAACGUACUUUCAGAUAUGAAUUGCCACAUUUUGCCAUGAAAACUUAUAAGUAGGGCUCCGGAGUUCGUGUCAUAUGCAUAUUUUUAACUGCAUUUUAACGGUUAUUCUAACGUUUCUCCACGCAUUACCGCUCACAUCUACCCAAAUCUAUAAUGUUUUGUGUGUCAUAUAGUUGCAUAUUUCGGUAUAUUUUUUUAUUGAUCGCCCUAUAAAAUGAUGUUUACAUAUUAUGUCAUGUUUCGGCGCCAAUUGAAAAAUUGCUAACAUAGGUCGUUGUUUCGUCACUGCUUACGUUACCUCACAAAUGGGGGUCAUCAGAGAUUCGGCUACGUAAUCAGAGAUUCGGCUAGCACGACUAUAGUUCCCAGAACCAUGUCACGUCUGAAAACAGACCGCGUGACAAGUUGUCAACGCGUUCUAGUUGUGCUUGAUUAAAAUAAAGGAAUCAAAGUAUUGUGAACUUACGUUUCAACUUGCCAUAAAAAUGUGCAUUUUCAUUUGUAUAUCGUUUUUUUUUAAGACCAUUUGGGUGUUUAUAUCCUUUCAAGGUACGCGAAAGCUUCCGGAACAAUAUUCCCAGUGCCAUAAUAUUCCUGCAUAUUGCGUUUAUAUUUAUUCGUUUCGCGCCGCAUAUAUGCAUGCAAAUUUUGAAAAAAAAAUUCCAUAGAAGAAGAAGUCCAGGGCCCUACUUAUUAGGAACUUAGUUUCGGAAGCCGUUAACAUGACAGCCAUACCUAAUUUUAUUUUCACCUAGUCAUACUCUUGCAUGAAUCGGUGCCAAUUAGAGAUGUUUUAUUCGUGUUUUUUUUUACUCCCCGUUUACUAUUUCGCUAUGGCAGGUCAUUGCAAGAAGAAAGUUGCCUCUGUUUUUUCUCAACUGCCUUUGUUUCGAUGCCCAGCAUGCCCAACCUUUAUCCCCGAUGAACAACGCGAGGUACAGGUCCAGACAAAAGUUUACGGAACGUCGGAGUAAUGUAUAUAGUCAACUGAGUGAUACCGUUGGUGCAAACAGGAGCAGAUAGACUUACAAACAAAUGACCGGGUAGUCCACGCACCUCUCAGUAAGUGUGUCCACUCCCGUUCGGUACUAGGGUGUCGCUGCGAUAGAGAAAUACGUCGAUUUGGUGUUCCGUAAACUUUUGUCGGGAUCUGUACCUAACUCUCUGCCAUAACAAGACGCCUAUUUACGCGCUAUGUAAUCAACAGCUUUGACAGUUCUUGACUGUGGUGUAAUACGUUGGUGCUCCAGUGAUGUGAAUGAUUGAUGCACAUAUUAUAUGACUGAUGUAACACCAUUACUAAAACAUUUUAAAUUCGGGACCAUUCAUAACACUUGCAUGAUGAAUAUAGUUUCGCACCAAUGAAAACUUGUAUGUGCCAAUAAAGGAACAUUAU